AUGGUGGUGUUUAAUCAAAAAUGGAUGCAGAAAUAUGAAGACUGGGGGUAUAAAGUUGGACUUAAAAUUGUAUCAGAUCAUUCUCCUUUGUUGGGAGGCUGUGCAAAUAUUCCUAAGCCACAAAAUGUAUCUAGGAAGUUUCAAAAAAUGUGGAUAAGUCAUCCUGAUUUUCUAAAUGUGGUUAAGGAAAGUUGGUCUGCUGAGGUUAAUGGUGAUCCUGCAUUCAUAUUUAUGAAGAAACUGAAAGAGUUAAAAAGGAUACUAAAUGAUUGGAAUUGGAGGGUAUUUGGAAAUGUACAUGUUAAACUUAAAGAAGCUGAAAAUAAGGACUCUGAUGGUAACGUGAUAUCAGAUCAAAAGCAAAUUGCAGAAUGUCUUGUAAAUCAUUUUCAAAAAAAGUUUGAGGAGCAAAGUGUAACUGUUAAGGAGGAGUUAUUAGAAGCAGUACCUCAGUUGAUUGAUGAAGAAGACCAAAAAUACUUGGAUGAAAUUUUUAGUAUAGAGGAAAUUAAAAAAACAGUCUUUGAUAUGGAUCCUGAAAGUUCUCCAGGUCCAGAUGGUUUCUCAGGAUUUUUUUAUAGAAGCUGUUGGGAAAUUAUUCAGCAGGACUUGUUGGCAGCAAUUCAAUUUUGUUGGAGAAGGAGAUUUAUUCCUAAAGGUAUGAAUUAUAGUUUCUUGGUGUUACUGCCAAAAACACAAGGUGCAAGGAGUGCAAAUCAGUUUAGGCCCAUAGGUUUGAGUUAUGUGUUAUUCAAAAUUUUCACAAAAAUUAUUACUACAAGGAUGAGUAGUUUGAUGGUGAAGCUGAUAUCUCCACAACAAUUUGCAUAUAUAAAGGGGAGAAGUAUUCAAGAACAAGUAAUGCUUGCAUCUGAAUUGGUGAAUGAAAUGAAAAUUAAAAGAAGAGGAGGGAAUGUUGGGCUUAAAUUGGAUAUUUCUCAAGCAUAUGACUCUGUCAGUUGGGAAUUUCUUAUGAAAGUGUUAAGGAAAUAUGGUUUUUCUUCCUCAUGGUGUGAUUGGUUAAUAGCACUAUUUCAAUCUGCAAAGAUAUCAGUUCUGGUGAAUGGUGGUCCAAGUGGAUUCUUCUCAGUUGGGAGAGGUUUGAGGAAAGGAGAUCUAUUAUCUCACAUUCUAUUUGUGUUGAUGGAGGAUGUGUUAAGUAUAAAUAUUUCAAAGUUAGUUGAAAUGGGUAAAAUACUUCCUAUGGUUAUUAGAAAUGGUGUUCAUCCUACUCAUCUGUUUUUUGCAGAUGAUGUAUUUAUGUUUUGCAAUGGAGCAAAAAAGAGCUUAAAAAACUUAUUAUCAUUAUUGGAUGAUUACCAAAUCAGUUCAGGGCAAGUAAUCAACAAAAGCAAAAGCAAAUGUUUUGUGGAUGGUGUUUCAAAUGCAAGAAAACAACAAAUAAGUGAAGUGGUUAAUAUGGAUUUAUCUCAUUUUCCAGAUAAAUAUUUGGGAGUUAUUUUAGCUCCAGGGAGAGUAACUUCAUCAAUGGUAUGGCCUAUGCUGGAACAACUUCAAAGAAAGCUAGCAGCCUGGAAAGGUAAGCUUCUCUAA